CAGCAGCAGUACUCUCUCUGACCCGGCGCACCACACGGCACGUCACCAAGGGGGCUCUAAUAAAGUGUCUCAGUGCCCUAGAGGUGCCGCCGUGCCGUAGCGUCGCCGCCGACGCCAUCGCCGUUCCCGUUCCACCUCAUCUCGCCCCUGCCGCGUCGACCCCGUGCGCGAUUUCCGCCGUUGGUCUCCGAGCUUGUUUCCCCCCCAAAUUUUGUCCUUCAACUGAAAAGCAGGAAUGCCGUAAAGGAUUUGCCGUGGAAUCUAUGUCUGAAGGGCAGGAAUGCCGUAAGGAUCCACUGUGGAUUGGUUCACCACUAUGGAGAAUGACCAUGGAGAUGGGGAUGAUCUGGGAUCAGGGUGGUUUGAAGUGAAAAAGAAACAUCGAUCCAGCUCGAAAUUCACAUUGCAGAGGUCUUCAGGAAGUUCCACCCAUAAAACUCCAAACUCUUCAUCACGGUCUCAGGCCAACUACAGUAGUGGCAGUUCAAGGUGGUAUGACAGGCUGCAGUACCCACAUCAGAGCACAAAUGAUAACCUUGCCGUUGAUGAAUUGGAUAGUAGAGAAACAACUAAAGUUCAGCAUGAGGAAUGUGUUGAUGUAGGUGCUAGUAACCUGAAGAAUGGAUUUAAUGUUUCAGCUUCAGAGCAUGUAGUAAAAAAAUGUGAAGAACUGCAGUUGGCUGAAGAAACAAUUGAUCCUCCCAAAACUGGCAUGAUUGAUCGCACAGAUCAUUCAGUGCCUCAUGAAUCUCCCAACUGUUCAAGUGAUCUUGCAAAAUCUGUAGAAGAUUCUGAUCAUGUCAAAGACCCUCCAAAGACAGAGCUAGUAGGUGUUUUGCCCAACUCUUCUGUCAAGUUUGGAAAUUUUGAUGAUGUCACAGGUCUAGCAUUACCCUCAGAUGCCUUCAGAGAUAAUAAUUCUUCUACAGAGUACAUGGAUGAUGAAGACACUACACAAUUCAGAAAUGAAUUAAAAGAUGAAAGUGAACUUGAAGAUGAGAUGAAUUCUAUAAGAAAUGCUGAUACAUCUCCUAUCACAAUUCAUGCAGUGGAGACACCCACUGAAUGUAAUAGAAAUCCAUUGGAUAUAUGUGAAAUACAAGAUAGUCCUGUAGUUGUUAGUGGUUCAACUACCUUAGCUGACUCUGUCUCCCUGUCCUCAAAUAAUGAUCUUGAAGUUCCAGUUACAUCUUCCUCGGUUGCGCCCAUAGAAAGCCAAACAUUACUUCCUAACCACACAACGGUUUCUGUAGAUCUUGGAGGUGAAACUGCUGAGAGCAAAGAAAGAUUCAGGCAGAGGCUUUGGUGUUUUCUUUUUGAGAAUCUGAAUAGGGCUGUGGAUGAACUGUACCUCCUCUGUGAAUUAGAAUGUGACAUGGAGCAAAUUAAUGAAUCCAUACUCGUUCUUGAUGAAGCUAUAUCUGAUUUUCAAGAACUGAAGUCCAGGGCAGAACAUUUUGAUAACACCAAGAAGUCUCCUAGCUUACCAAAGGAAGGGGUACCAAUGGCUGUCAAAGCCGAUCAUCGAAGACCUCAUGCAUUGUCUUGGGAGGUCAGACGAAUGACAAGUUCACCACACAGGCAAGAGAUAUUGUCUUCAUCUCUAGAGGCCUUCCAGAGAAUUCAGUUCGAACUGGCACGCAAGCAGGCUGGUAUAACAGCAGAGAGCUUUGCACCUAGCUCUUCUGGGGAAGUUUCAGGUAUUUCAGCAAAGCUGACUACAGCAUCAGCAACAGUUGGGAAUAUCAGUUUGAAAGUGGAGAGUCAGGUGAAACUUUCUGAUGAUAGUGAGAAAGAAGUUACUGAAGAGAGACAAAGUAAGGAGGCAUUGAAGUCAGGUAGAUCAUUCCCACAAAGUAAUCCUUCAUUUUCUGCAAGGAGUAGAAGAGGGGCACUAGAACCAAUAUCUGAGAUAGCUAAACACACUUCUAAGGAUAGGGUAAUGGCAGAGAACAAAAAGUCAACAGAUAUUGUGAAAAGGAGUACGACCCAUCUUGAAAAGGAGAAGCAAAAUACAGCACAGUGGAAAUCGAUGGAUGCCUGGAAGGAAAAAAGAAACUGGGAAGAUAUACUGAAAUCUCCUGUUCGGAGUUCCCGUGCCUCUCAUUCUCCUGGUGUUGGCAGAAAAGUAACAGAACGUGGACGUGUUCUACAUGACAAGUUAAUGUCUCCCGAAAAGAAGAAAAGAAGUGCUUUUGAUACGAAAAGAGAAGCAGAAGAAAAGCAUGCACGAGCUUUGCGGAUCAGGAGUCAACUGGAAAGUGAGAGAGUUCAGAGACUACAACGUACCACUGAAAAGUUAAGUCGUGUAAAUGAAUUGCAGGCUGUGCGCAGCUCAAAACUGCGAGAAGUAAUGAAUGCACGUCAUCAACGUGGUGAAUCUCGUCAUGAAGCAUAUCUAGCCCAGGUUGCGAAAAGAGCUGGUGAUGAGAGCACUAAGGUCAGUGAGGUUCGCUUUAUUACAUCACUGAACGAUGAAACUAAGAAAUUCUUGCUGAGGCAGAAACUUCAUGAUUCUGAAAUGCGGAGAGCUGAAAAGCUACAGGUGAUCAAAACAAAGCAGAAGGAGGACACUGCAAGGGAAGAGGCUGUGUUGGAACGAAGAAAGUUCCUUGAAGCUGAGAAAAUGCAGCGCCUUGCUGAAAUACAGCGUAAGAAAGAAGAAGCUAUAGUCAGAAGAGAAGAGGAGCGCAAAGCAUCUAGUGCUGCACGAGAAGCGAAGAGCGCAGAGCAACAACGAAGAAAAGAGAUAAGAGCUAAAGCGCAACAAGAGGAAGCUGAACUUUUAGCACAAAAACUAGCUGAAAAGCUCCGUGAAAGUGAGCAGCGCCGGAAGUUUUACCUUGAACAAAUACGUGAGAGAGCUUCAAUGGAUUUUAGGGAUCAGUCUUCACCUUUUCAGCGUCGCUUCCCAAGUAAAGAUAGCCUAAACCGUUCUACGUCAGCUAAUAGUGGCGAAGAUUCACAGAUAGUAGGCAAUGCCAGCACUGCAGAGUCUAUGGUUAAAACAUCCAAUGCCACACAAAUGAAACGAAAGAUUAAGAAGAUUCGUCAGAGAUUAAUGGCUCUCAAGCAUGAAUUUGUUGAACCAGCCAUAGGUGAAAACACAGGAAUUGCACACAGGGCUGCUCUAGGAGCUGCCAAAGGUAAGUUAAGUAGAUGGCUUCAGGACUUGCAAAGACACCGUCAAGCUAGAAAAGAAGGUGCUGCGAGCAUUGGUUUGAUUGUUGGUGACAUGACGAAGUUCUUAGAAGGAAAGGAUCUCGAACUGCAUGCUACUAGACAAGUUGGUUUGCUUGAUUUCAUUGCGUCUGCUUUACUUGCCUCACACACUUCAAGACCAGUAGCUUGUGAAGUCACUGUUUACCUUUUGCGCCUGCUUAGAGUGUUACUCUCACUUCCAGCUAAUCGGACUUAUUUUCUAGUACAAAAUCUUUUACCUCCGAUUAUUCCCAUGCUAUCUGCAUCACUAGAGAAUUACAUUAAGGUGGCAGCAUCAAACUCUGGAAGUUUGAAUCUUCUGUUAAGUAAAACUACAGAGAACAUGGAGACAGUUGGUGAAGUUUUAGAUGGUUUUAUAUGGACUGUAACCGUCAUUGUUGGUCACUUAUAUGUUGACGACGAACAACUCAAAAUGCAGGAGGGUCUGAUAGAACUGAUUGUAGCUUAUCAAACAAUUCACCGUCUGCGAGAUCUUUUUGCCCUUUAUGAUAGGCCCCAGGUGGAAGGGUCCCCACUCCCAUCAUCCAUACUAUUUGGUCUCAAUCUUCUGACUGUCUUGACAUCCAAACCAGGGAACUUUUCUGCCAUUGAUUGGGAGUCCUGCAAAUGCAGAACUCCAGCUGGUAAUCUAGCUCACGAAUGUGAGUAUCUUAGUUCACUAGACAUACGAGUUGGCAACCAGCUGAUGGCACCGGACGAGUCUGGAGAUGCCAAAUUACCAUCUAACACUUGUGAUAUUUCGAAAUGUGAUGACUGUGGGUUUAGUGAAGUGGUUGAAGAAAACAAGCUCACCGAACAACAUGAAGGUUCCGCUCUAGGAGAUAGAAGAUCACUGGAUGAAACUAGAAAAGGCUUGUUAGACCUCUCUGCUGGCCAGAAUAACUCAGGGUCUGUGUUAGAAAUACAAUCGUCAAAUCUGGGAGAUACAAUAGAUCAACAUUUUGAAGUUUCCACUCAGAGAAAUGAAAAUAGUACCGUGGACGGUCACCUUGAAGGAAGAAAGAUGAAUAACAUAUGUACAGAAAUGAAUGACAGUCCUGGAAAAGGCAAUGAAAUAAACCUGAAACAACCUGCAGUGCUUGUACUUUCUGCCAUGGCUGAGACAGGCCUGGUUAGUCUGCCUUCACUGUUGACAGCUGUGUUGCUGCAGGCAAACAACAGGUCGUCAUCCGACCAGGCUUCAGCGAUUCUUCCAUCAAAUUUUGAAGAAGUAGCCACUGGUGUAUUGAAAGUUUUGAACAAUGUGGCAUGUUUGGAUAUCACUCUUCUGCAGUGUAUGCUGGCUAGAUCAGAUCUGAAGAUGGAAUUCUUUCAUUUGAUCAGUUUUCUGCUGAAUCAUUGCAUGAAUAAAUGGGGAGUACCAAAUGAUCAGGUAAACUGUAGGCUAUUGUAUUUACAAGCAAACUUUCCAUGUAUUCUCAGUAGUUUGUGUGAUAUAUCUAUGGUUCUUUUUCUCGGAUGUCCGUCCCUGGAGGGCCAUAUCUAUGUCGCUUUUGAAGUAGUGCUUUGUGUUGAAGUAGAUUGUUUCACUCAAGUAUUGUAGUAGUUACUUUCAGGUUUCAAGUUUUUCCAAUUUGUAAAUCAUUUCUUCGUUGGCCGAUGGUAGCAAGUAAUACAUCUGGAGUUCAUUAUUAUUUGUCUUCUACUGAUUAGGCUGUGAUCGGUGUAUCACUAGAAUAAUCAAGUGGAGACAGCUAUUCCCAAUGGUUUGAAAAAUAAAGUGGAUUCUGAUAUUUGUGCACUCUUUUAACUGUUGUUGGGAUGCUGUCAUUUCUAACAACAAAGCCUUUAGUCCCAAACAAGCUGGGGUAGGCUAGAGCUGAAACCCAUAAGAUCUUGAAACCAACUCAUGGUCUAGCUACCUUCCAUACACCCCUCUCCAUGGAUAGUUCUUGGUGAUAUUCCAGUCCUUUAGAUCUCUCUUAACGGACUCCUCCCGUGCCAAGUUGGGUCUACCCCGACCUCUCUUGACAUUUUCAGCACGCUUUAACCAUCCGCUAUGCAGGAGGCCUGUGUUGUAUAUGCCCAAACCACCUCAGGCGAUGUUGGACAAGCUUCUCUUCAGUCGGUGCUAUCCCGACUCUUAUCAUGUAUAUCAUCAUUUCGCACCUGAUCCUUUCUUGUGUGGCCACACAUCCAUCUCAACAUGUGCAUAUCCCCUACACCCAACUGUUGAACAUGUCGCCUUUUAGUCGGCCAACACUCAGCGCCAUACAACAUUGCGGGUCGGAUCGCCGUCCUUAGAACCCGCCUUUUAACUUUUGUGGCACUCUCUUGCCACAGAGAACGACAGAAGCUUGGCGCCACUUCAUCCAUUUGGCUUUGAUUCUAUGGCUCAUAUCUUCAUUGAGAUCACCGUCCUUCUGAAGCAUUGACCCCAAAUAUUGAAAGGUGUCUGUCUAAGGUACCACCAGUCCAUCAAGGCUAACCUCCUCGUGCCUAGUAGUACUGAAACCGCACCUCAUGUACUUAGUUUUAGUUCUACUAGGAAAUGUGCCCGUGCGUUGCAACGGGAUAAACAAAUCUUUUCACGUCCUAGUGGUGACACAUCCGUAUUGCCACGUCUCCUCUUCACCAUCGUCGUCAAUGAUAGUCACAUUAUUCACUUUCACGAUAAAAGUGGUCAAUCCUAAGGCAAUGAGCUUGCUUACUCUAGAAUGCCACUUCGUGAGCUCCUCUCUACAACGACUUGUAAUUCUACAUACUUAUGAUGAUGGUGGACGCCAUCCUUAUCUCAUCUUUACUUGAUUCAUGCACCAUCCCUACAUUUGUAUGCAAUUGCUUUUUUCUGACGGUGUGGAAUAUAUGAUAGAGAUAAUUAUUGUUGGAUAAUUUUGAAUCAAAUAACGAAGGUCCUAUGCAAUGAAGCUCGAUGACAAUGGCUAGGAAUUCAUUUGAAUUUCACAAAUGAUUUCCUCCACCUUCUCCGUCCUAUCUAAAUCAUAAGAUAUCCCCAUCUGACAGCACCCUCACUACUAAAAAACACAUCGUGCAAGACUAAAAAUUAGGUUAUGGCGACGUGGUAGAGAAUAAAAAAACUUUUGAAACUUAAGCUGAGAAAAACUUCUAAAAGGCCAUUUAAAAUACUAAAACCAUAAGGCGAUAUCACAGCCUAUAGAGGCAUGCUCCAUACAG